AUGUUUCAGAAAUUCCUUUCAGACAUACUGAACAAGGUUUUGGGAAACUUUAUUUAUGGAAUAAAUGACGAGGAAUUCGGGAUAAGUGACCUACUAAGUGGGAAAUUGGAACUAACAAAUAUCCACCUUAAGCAAUCCAUUAUUGACUUGAUUGAUAUACCAUGUAGGCUAAACUUUGGAUGUAUUGGGUAUUUUAAAAUUAAUUUACCCAUUUUUUAUUUUAUGAAAAACCCUAUCAAUGUGUACAUAGAAGAUGUUAUCAUAGUCCUAUCAACAAUCCCGUCUAAAUAUUUUGAUGAUAAAUUGUAUAAGGAAAAAUAUAUAGAAAAUAAAAAGAACUUACUACUAUCCUCAGAAUAUAGUGCUAUCGUUUGUUCUAUAGAAGGGGGAGUUAUAUGGCAAAUGCUUCUGUCUCUAAUAAAUAACAUAAAUAUAUCGGUUAAAAAUAUACAUAUAAGAAUAGAAGAUUUUACAAGUAAUCCAUCUAACUGUUUUUCCUUCGGAAUCAAUAUAGAAGAAUUGUUUCUAAGUUUACCAAAAGAUGGUUUACCUUUCAAAAGAGAUGGAUAUUACACUAAAAAAAAUGAACUUGUUAAUAAUACCAUGAUAAAUAUGAUAACAGUUAAAAAAUUGGGCUUCUACAUGGAUUACUUAGAUAUGAAAAAAAUUAUGAACAAAAAAUACUAUGAUCAAUGGGGAAACUUAUUCAUGAACGACUGUAAUUCGUUCAAUGUUGGUUCUUUUCAGGAGAAGGAUCAUAAUGCAAAAGAUAGGAAAAGAAAAAAAACAAAAAAAAAAAACAACAAAAAAGGGGGGAAAAAGUCUGGAAGAAAUGGAAGUAAUGAAAUACCCAUAAGAGGACAGAAUAAUAUAAAACUCAAAAAAAACAAAAAUAUUAAAUCUAAUGAAGAUAACUUAAAGGAUUUUCAAAACGUUAUAAAAAAUAUUAAGAAUCGUUUUUCGGAAACACGAAGAAACGAUUUUAAUACAAAAAGUAUGAGUAAGUUAAAUCAGAAAAUUCGUCAAUUAAAUGAAAAUAUAAUAAAUCAAACCAAUCUUGAGGAUAUUAAAAAAUCAAAAAAAAAAACUCUUAUUGAAGGAAAUUUGGAAGACACAAACGGUAGCCUUAUUAAUAAUUGCAUGGGGAAAAAGGAUGGAAAAUGUGCUCUAACUAUCAGUAAUUUAUAUAAUUUUAAUUUUUUUUCCAAAAAAGAAGAAAAAAUACUACCUGUUAUGCACAAUCUAAAUAUCGAUAAUGAUGUCAGCUGGGUUGCAUGUAUUACCCAAUUUGCGAAUUCAUUAGAAAAUCCAGUUCUUAAGGAAAAAAAAUUCGAAUUGAUAAAACAGAAAAGGAAAAAAAAAAAAAAUGUUCAUAACCAAGGUGACCAAAGCGGUCAAUCUGACAAAUGGAAUGACAACAAUAUGGAUAUCGAUCAGCCGACAGAAAAUAUGAAGAAUCAAAAGUUGAAUAAUCGCUUGCUGGGAAAGCAAAAAACGAAUGUUUCAAAAGGAGAAGGUAUAAACUACAUAAACAAAGCUGUUUCAUUUUUUUCCAUUAGUUCCUUAACAAACGUUAUUAAUAAAAGUUUCACAAAUCGAAAUAGUAAUGAAGGAAGAGAUGAAGCCAUGAGUAGUGCAAAGGAGUGUACUCCGAGUGAUGGAUAUUUCACAACAAACGAAAAAUUUUCUGAUCAAGAUCACGAUGAAGAUAAACGUCGAAAAGUUAAGAACUAUGUUGAUAGUGAUAACAUCCCUCAGAGGAACAGAAAAAAACAGAAAAAAUAUAUUCUUGUACAGAAUAAACGAACAUAUGGUGGUGAACAGUACCACGAUGCUGUCGAUGAUUAUAAGAAAUUUACACACAAUAUGUACAGUUCCUCUCUUUUCAGAAAUCAUAAUAAUGGGGCCUGUCUAAAUUCGAUUAAUGAUCUAAAAAGAAAGAACAGUAGAAGAGGAAUGCAACACCAUAGUUCUCCUUACGUGAAAAAAGAAUACCGAAUUCGGAAGAAUUACGAAAGGUAUGUAGAAACAGAAUCAAAUAUGGAAGACAUGAAUGAAGAUGUAAUCGAGAACGAAGAAAAGAUGACAAAAUAUAUAAUCAAAAAUGAAAUAAAGGAAAAAAUAAGGAUAAGAAAAAGAAAAAAAAUACAUUCAGUCUAUUUGAUGUACGAAAAAACGUACAAAAUAAACAAGGAAAAAUUAAACACGUUCUAUCUGUUUUUACAACUUAUAAAGAAUAUAAAGCAUGAAUAUGUUAUAAAUCCGAAAUAUUUUGAAGGGCAUGGAGAAAUAUAUCUAAGUUUAAUUCCAACGGAUCAUGGACAUCUUCCUUUUUCUCGAUGUUUCUCAAGCUGGGGUAUUCAAAGAAGAAGUGAAAAGGAGUUUGAAGAAUGCCUACCAAAAUUAAGUAUCUUUGUCACUUUGAAAAAUAUUAAAAUAAUAUUUUCAGAUAAGCAAAUAUUAAAUUUUGUAAAUUGGAUCAACUUAAAUUUUUUUACCUACGCCAUUUGGAAAGCCGGCAUACUAUCCCAGUUUGAGAAAUCUAAGGCAGACAAUAAAGACGAAGUUAUGUAUAUAAACAAAUGGGUUCUAAAGCUAUUAGAUACGCAUAAUUCCAAGGAGGAAAAAUUAGAUGCAGAAAAUUUCUGUCAAGAAUUUGAAAACAACCAUUCGAUAAACAUAAUUAAUUUGUUGCGAAGUAAGGCCUUCUGCAAAUUGCAAGAAUUUAAAAAAGAGGUCGAAAUCAAAGAUAGCGAUUCGGUAACGAAAAAUGUAACAUCUGAAGUUUCAAAGGACAAAAAUAAUUCGAAUAUUAAGGGUACCAAUUGGUUUGAAUCUAAGGGUGAAGAAACUCCUAUAAAUGAGGACAAGCAAAUAAUAGGUGGUAUCAAAACAGAUAACGAACUCAAACAAGUGGCUAACGAGAGUAUACACGUCUUAAAAAAUUUAAUGAAAAAUCAAAAUGUAUAUAACAAAAUAAAAAACUCAUUUCGAGAAAAAAUAUUCACCAUAGAUAUUUGCAUAGAUAUUUGUAUAAUUAAUAGUACCUGCUUAUUAACUGUCGAAACAUGUAAACAAGUAAACACAAAAACAGUAAAUUUUGUUAAGACAUAUGCGUUGCUAAUGCAAUGUAUCCAUUACCAUAAUCAGAUAUCAAAUACGCAUGAAUUGAAAAAUUCAAUAGAUUUAGAAUUAUAUCCACUAAGUUUGUUACUCAUUAUCAAAAAUUUAGACAAUAAGUACAUAAAACCUGAUAUAAAUGUGUUAUAUAUAUUAACAAAUGAAAAUAUGAAAGAUAAUUAUCAAAAUUAUCAAAAUAAAUUUUUAUUCAAUGUAGAUAAUUUCGAAUUUUUAAAAAAGUAUAAUAUAUUAAAAAAAGAAAAUAUAUACAAGAAUGAUGAUAUAAAAUCAAGAGAACAAAGUGAUACUGUAAAUUUUGGUAGUAUAAGACAAAAAUUAAAAUUUUUGGUGGAAGACAAUUUUUUUUUUUUAAAAAGAGAAAAUAAUACAUAUUGUGAAGAAUUAAAUAAUAUCAUAUUAUCAGAUCCAUCCAUAUAUCUCAGAUACGAUAAUCAGUCAUACACCAUAUUAGAAAAACCUGAUCAUCGACUAUUUUUACAUAAUUGUGCAUAUUCUAUAUUUAAUAUAAACGGAGAAAUAGUGAAUUCCUUUAUUGAUGAUUAUUUCCAUUUUAUUGAUAUGAGGGAAGUUUUAUCCAAAAAAAAAAAACAAACUGUUUCAUUUAAAAAAAAAGAAUAUUUUCUACAAUUAGGAGCUAAAUAUUGUAACGAUAUUUUAGAUACUUACACAAGAUAUUCUAACAUUUUCUUGGAUGUACAACUAGAAAAAAUGCUAUCAUUUGUUAUUACCAAGUCUGGAAAAGAUUCAGAAGUACAGGGUUAUAGUUUAAAUCUUAAUCCCAUCAAAAUAGUUAGCCAACUGACACAGAGAAGGGUAUCAUACGAUAAAUCUGUUACCACUAAAGAUGUAUAUGACUCUUUCUAUGUGCAAUUUGAUGGCAUAAAGGUAAGAAGAAUUCUUAACUGGGAUCAUGCUGCUAGAAAUUAUCAAACUUAUCUGGAUGCAAAUUUUAUAAGACCCUAUAGAAAUUUAUUUAAUCCAAAAAAUGAAGCUUCUUUUGCACGAAAAAAUGAUGCCCCUGAUAAAUUUUCUUACAAAUUAAUUCAGAUGAAGCAUGCAGGAAAAUAUUCCUAUAGAGAAAAAGGCAACCUGAGAAGAAGAUCUAGGGCUGACAGUGACGGAAUUUUUUGUAGCAACUCAAGUAACAACAAUGAUUGUACUCAUCAUUAUGAUCUCCUACAGCAUAAUCGAGAUAAUGAUAACAGCCUCUAUAAUUGCAGUGAUGGAAAUAAGUCUGAAAUAUAUAAUUUGAAAAGAAAUGUGAAUUAUCUCAAUAGUGAAUGUUCUUCUAUUACAAAUUAUGAACAAAGGAAGAGUAAUAAAUCAUUUAGAUCUACAAGUUGCCCAACUGUGAAAAAUGCAAAAGAUGUUUCAAUAGAUAAAACAACUGUAGAUGAGGAAAAUGGAAAGAAAGGAACAUCAUAUGAUAUUAACGUGCUUAAGGGAAUGUACUGUGUUGACAAAAGACACAGUUCUUUUUUUUUCAAAACUUGUGCAAAUGAAUACCAAGAGGAAGAAGAAAUACUUGAAAAUCCAUUAUUAUUUGAAACGUAUAAAAAAUCAUGGAACUAUGAUACAAACUAUGAUAAAGGAAUAAAAAAUGUUCAUUCCUAUUUUAAUAAAGAUAAUAAAAAUAACGAAAACUUAAGCAAUAAAAACUCGAAUUAUGUAUUGUCCAUGAGUGAAAGGGCAUCAUGCACAAUUCAUCUUUGUCAUAUAAAAUUCAAUCCAACUUUUCCCAUGUUUAUUGUAAAACUGAAUGAAGAAAAUUUAUAUAUCAAUAUCUGCGAUUAUGAUAUUGAAUUUUUCUUCCUAAUUUUUUCAGACAUAUAUGAGCAUUACAUUAUGCAGAAUAUGGAAAAUAAAAAAGAAAAUAUUCUCUUUUUAAAAAAAAAAAUUAAAUCUAUAUACAAAUUGAAUAAGAAGUAUUAUAAGUUCUACACCAAUAUGAAUCAUGGCAAAAUGGAUAUACCUCAAUUUAGAAAAUAUAACAGUGCUGAAAUUAAUCAUAACGAAAAACUUUCUCGAGAGAUGAAAAGCACACGCGAUGUUACUAUUGACAGUUCUGCUCCGGUUACUGAUAUUUCUCUUUCCAUUUCUAUUUCUAGCUGCAGUGAAAAAAUAAGAAAAAAAAAAAAAAAAAAAUUCAAAGCAGGAAAAUUCAAGAAAAGAGAACACAACACCAACAGAGUGGUUUCGCAAGAGGAAAUCACAAUUCAUGAUAAAAAAAAGAAAAGUAAAAAAAAUGAGAAAAUUGCAAUCCCCUUUCGGGAAAAGAAGUCUGCCGAUCUGAAAUUAACACGAUAUAAAAAAUAUCAAUCAGAAGAACUCAUUAAAAGUCCAAGCAAGAAAUAUACAUUUGAAAAGACAUAUGGAUGUCAUAAGAAAAAUACAUAUAGCACUUACCUAAGCGACAGUCAAGUAAGAACAACAAAAGAACUGUCGAUAUUAAAAUUAGAAAUCGAUUUGGAUAGAAAAUAUAGAGAGCAUGACACUCACACUAGCUGGGAAGAUUAUUCAAAUCACUAUGAAAGCAAGGAGCGGGUGGGACAAAACAGAUUUAAUUCAAUAAAGAAAAGAUGGAAAGAGGGAAAAGAAAUAUGUAAAGAUGAAUUGGAUGGAAUAAACAAAUGUUGCGAAGAAAAAUGUCAGAAUGUAAGCGAAUUAGGAUUUUCCUUCACAAAAAUAAGUGAACAAUCCAACCUCUCAAACUUCAUGAAUAACAGAAAAGAUAGUAACGUGAAAGAAAAUUACUAUUCCAGUGCUACCUCACCUUCUUUUCCAAAUAGACAUGUCAGUACUCUAGAGAAGGAAAAACAAAUGGAAGGGGGAAAAAAUAAAUUAGAAAAAGAUAACAAAAAAAAAAAAAAAAAAAAAAAAAAAAAAAAAAAAAAAAAAAAAAAAAAAAAAAAAAAAAAAAAAAAAAAAAAAAAAAAAAAGGAAAAAAAAAAAAAAACAAAAAAAAGAAAAAAAAAAAGGAAGGGGAAAAAAAAAAAAAAAAAAAAAAAAAAAAAAAAAAAAAAAAAAAAAAAAAAAAAAAAAAAAAAGGAGGAAACAGAUAAAAUAGAACAAACGAUGUAUCAUUACGGAAAUGUUAAGGGAAUGUACCUACACAAGGAUAUCUCAUCAGAUGAUGAUUCCUGGAUUGACUUGUUGGAAGAAUAUGAUAGUGACGAAUCUAUUGAUGAUAAUGAGAAGACACAAGUGAAAAAAAUGUUAAUAGAUAUAGAGAAUAUUAAAAAAAGGUUAUCUCAUAACAAUUUUACCAUUACAUGCAGUUUUUCACUUUCCAUCAAAAAUAUAUUUAUUAGACUAUGGAAAAGGAAAAGCCCUUUAAGAAGACAAAAUAAAUCGAAUGGAUUUAGAAGUUUUACCACAUUUCAUUUAGCAGAAAAUGAUAGAUAUAUAGGGAAUAAAAAUUCCUCCAUAUAUGGAAAAAAUAAAAGUAAGGUAAAAAGGAGCAUGAAGCAAGAUGGUUAUGUAGAUGUUGAAGAAGGAGAGGAUAUGAUGUAUAAUAUAACCAGUUCAUUAAGAGAACACAAAGUGAAUAUGUUUCAAAAAAAAGAUAAACAUAAUAUUAUGAUGGAAGUCGAUGAAGACGAUUCAUUUUGUAAUGAAAACUUCAUUACGUUAAAUGAAAAUUUGCAAAAAAAUAUGUUCAACAAUAUGCAAUAUGCCAUUCCUCUCUACACCUUCGUCCUUUCUGAAAUAUUUUUUGUUGCAAAAAUGGAAAAAAAUAAUUUCACAUAUAUUUUAUAUUCUAUGAAUGGUGUAGAUGUAAGAGAUGAGACCAACAUUACCUUGCUAAGUAUGAGUUCCAUUUAUCAUAGCGAAUCAAAAUUCACUGAUCAUGGAGGGUUCACGGACAAGAGGUCCCAGAUAUUCACUAAGCCUAAAUCAAGCAACUUUGCAAAAAUCCACAAUGAAGAAAAUCAAAAGAAAUUAGAAAAAUUAAACGAAUUGGAGAAGGUGGGAGACUUGCGUUACUCGGAUAAAUCUAGAAACCUAAAAACGGGAGGAGGCUCAAAAAAUGGCACUGCCAAAGAAACAAAGAUGAAUGCACAUAGAACAGAAAAAAAUAUCAUGAUUGAAACGGAGGACACCUUUUUAGAUUAUUCAAUAAGUAGUGUAGAUUUACCAGACCUGGAAAAGACACAUCUUGUAUUACUAUACUUUGGCUACCUGUUUAAAAACAACCACACAUUCAAAUUCAUCUUAAAUGGAACAAAGGUCAAAAUAUUUUGGGAAAUUAUAGAUGAGUUCUUAACAUGGGUAUUAAAUAUAAAUGAACUUUUACCUAAAAUAAACACAAUUGAAGAAGAUAUAACUCGAAAAUUGGACGAAAGUGAAGAUAUUCAUUUGAACUUUUUGCAAAAGAUACAACAUAUUAACUAUGAUAUUAUCUGUUUUAAGCAUAGUAAUACUAUUGUUUCUGGAAAAGGUACUUACAAAAUUGCUAUUGGCAGUUUGAUAAAUUACUACAGUAUGAUGUUUCAAUGCAAUGAAAUAGAAAAUAAUCAAAGUGAUGAAAUAAACGAAGCGUUUGGAUAUGCAAACGAACGAGAUAUAUCAUAUAUAGAUACAGAUGAGGAUCCAACAGAUAAAUUUUACCUUAUAACAGAUGACAAAUCACUAUGCUGUAGUCAGUACAACACAAUCAUUAGUGAUAGCAAGGAUGAUGUUCAUGCCACUUUGAAAGAAAUGCUAUUUCAUGAGAAUUAUUUUUUUAAUUAUAUUUUUAAUAAAAUAAAUAAAAAAAAAAAUGUCGAAAAAAUUUUGAAAGGUCACAGUGUAAAAUAUGAUAAUUACAACGAACUGAAUAAAACAAACAAAGAGGGGGAAAAAAUAUAUUAUCAAAAUAAUCCCCAAUCAGUAAUCCAUAGAAAAUGUGGAAAAAUACAAACUCCAAAUGAUCAACCAUUAGAAUGUGAAAACGAUCCAUAUAAUAAUAACUAUUUUCAAAAUAGAGAAAAGGAAAAUACACGAAUUAACUACUUGGAUGAAUUGGAGGACAACUGUUACGAGUGCCUUCAUUUGAAGAAUCUAAAUUACACUGCUUACACAAAAGAAGUAUGUAAAAGUAAAGCAUAUCCAUACGUUCAUGUAGACAUAGAAAUUAAUUACUUCGAAUGUUGGGUAUCUUUAGAUCCUAUUAGAAUUCCACAAAAAAUAAAAAAUUCGCACCCAUUAAACGUUAAUGGGAAUAAGAUAUAUUACGACAACGGAAACAAUAUUAAAAGCAAACAAUUGAAAAAAAAUAGUAUACCUUACAAUAUAAAAGAAGGAAAAAAGAGAUCAAUUACUAAGCGAAGAAUAAAGGGUUAUAAUAAGGAAAAAAUCAGGAGGAAGAAGAAUAUACCCUUCAGUAGCUAUGAACAAAAAGAAAGUGAUAUUUACUAUGGUGGAGAAUAUCCAGAUGGCGAAUGUGACAUGAAUUAUGGUGAGGAGGAGAAAAAAAAAAAAAAAUUCAAAUUUCGAGAAAAGGUGAAAUGGCACAAAAACACCAACAUAGAUAAGCCCUAUGUUUUGGUCACAAAGGGGUGUCUAAAAUCUGUGAUAUUCUUUUUAUUAUAUAAGGAGUGUUUACAGGUGAAGGAGGAGAGUAGGAAGGAAGCAAAAACGGAUACGUAUGACUCUCGUGACUAUCGUUAUUGUGGUGAUUAUGGUGAUCAGCGUGAUUACCUUGGGUAUGGGGAAAAUUUCUUAACUGUUGAAUGUGUUGGUGAUAAGGACAGCUCUGAAAGUGAAAUUCAAUUGGCUGUCGACAUGCACGAGCAGAGAAAACGAUACACGAAGAAACUUCCCCCAAGCAGCAUAACAAAUCGAAUGAGUCAAACAGUUAGCAACAAUUCCAGCAAUUCGGAAAGGAGGAAUAAUCUUAAUGAACAAAUGGAGGUAUUAAGAAAUAAAGUGAUACAUGUAAUGGAUCAUUCAAAUUUAAACAACGUCUUAGAUGUGAACGAUUUUCUAAGAACUAAAUUUAUGCAAUGGAUUAAUCAGCUAUCAUCAUAUCUUCCAUGCAUAGUAAAUAUGAAUAUAUUUCUUUCUCAAAUUACUAGUGCUAUUAGCAAACCAGUAACAAAAAACCCAUUUUUAAAGGCCUACAUCGAUUGGAACAAUGUGCCGUAUAGUAACAUUCUUCUACAACCUUGUAGAGUAAAUUUAAAUUUAGAAAUGAAGAUACCAAGUCCUGAAAUAUUGAUAGAACGAUUUUUAGGGAUAAAUAGAAUAACAAGUUUAAAAAUUGCAAAGAAGGAUAAUAUUAUUUAUCAAAAUGAAGUGGAAGGAAUAAAUAUGAAUUUUUCCUUCGAACCUAUAAUUUUGAAUGUUGAUUCAAAUACAUUAACCUUACUAAAUCAGCUUGGUAACAUUAUGUUUGAGUUUUCAAAUUAUUUUAUAAAUUUAUGUUCAUCAAAGGAGAAUGAAAAGGAGGAGGAGUUCUUACUAAGGGUUAACUCUUCUCAUGAUCAUUUUUACGAUAACGAAUCUGAACACAUGAUCGAUGAUAGAUUCUAUUUCAACGUUAUGAAUACAUCUACAAGUGCCAUGUCUAGCGAUUAUUCUCUGGGAAGCAUAGAAUCACCAAUUUCUAAUCAGAACAAUUUGAAAAAAAAUUUUAGAUCACUCAAAAAAGAUGAACUUAGUAAACUCUUCGUUAGCUUCUGUUUAAAUUCUGAAAAUAAAAAAGGAUCCAAACAAUUCCACCAAAUAAAACCAUUAGGGGAUGGGAAUUGCCAAGGGGUGAAUAGAUUCGAAACCAUAAAAAAUGCAAUAGCUAGGCAAAACGGAAAGGGCCAAUAUGACCAAAGGGAUAUGUGCAAAAGGAACGAUGCUUCGAACGGGAAACCGAAUGAUGCACCGAGUGGGGAGCUGAAUGAUGCACUGAAUGAUGAUCCGAAUGAUGCACUGAAUGGUGAUCCGUAUAACGAACCGAAUGAUGCACCGAACGGUGAACCAAAUGACGAUCCGAAUGAUUAUUCGAAUAUUACGACGAAUACUGAAACGAAUGUCGAAUCGAAUUGUAAGUCAAAUGACGAAGAGUUUUUCCUGCAUGAUUCGAAAAAGAGCAUUGUGAAAAACAAGAAUGAUCAUUUUACACAGAAAACCAUGCAUGAGCAAACAAAAAGCCAAACUGAAUAUCUAUUAGACACGAGUAUCGUUAACAUGCUAAUGAUGAAUUUUAUAGAAAAUGUAAAAAUAAAUUGCAACGUCAAUUUCGAUGUUAUCACAUUACAGAUAUGGGAUUCUAACACAGCUUACAAUAGGUGUUCUUUAAAUUUUGUUAUUGAAUACAUCUAUUUCCAUAUGUAUUCUUUAAAUGUUUAUGAGCAAAAUGUAGGAAAAGAAAAAAUACAAAUGUUUGACGAAAAAAAGGAAAUCUCCUCCUAUGGAAGUAGUCAUAAGUACGGCACUUGGCCAAAUGCCCUCUGUGUCAACACCGGUUUCUACAAGGAAAAUCCUUCAUAUAUCAGUAUGGAGACCAAUCAAAAUUGUUCAAAUCCUAUUCGUAAAGAAAAAAAUUCUCAUAAUGUUGUAUCAAAAUAUGAAGAAUUUGUUUUACGAGAAAAACCACAAAGUACAUGGUUCCCAAGUACACAAAGUACAAAAGUUUUUUCCUUCGCUCCUAACAUGAAGUGCACAAAAGAGAUAAAUAAAAGAGAAAUGUUUUCUUAUAGUAAAAGUGCUGUAGAAUGUUUGAAUAAAAAGGAUUCAGAAAAAUAUAAGGGCAUAGUAAGAAACGCAACAAUGGUGCUGAACAAUGUGGAAAAUGCUAACCCUGAUAAUCAAGUUGAGGAAAUACACCCAAUCGUAAGGAAUCAAAACUAUGAAAGGAAUUUUUUACCAGAUUCAAUCAAAUACAAAGAAGAAGGAAUUUCAAAUAGGGUUAAGAAAGAUCAGAGGGGAUGGAAGAAAUUAUUCGAUAGGAACAAUUUUGUAAGAAAUAUAGAACAAUUCAAUGGAGAAAUAAAAAAACUUUUGCAUAAGAUUUUUGUUAAAAAAAAAGCAGAGACAGAAAUGGAUCAAGAUGAAAAUAGAUUAAAAAAUAAUUCUGCAAUAGUAGAAAAUAAUAAUAAAAAAUAUAAAAAUGUUAAUAACAGAUUUGUAAAUAAUGAAUUUAUGUUUAAUGAUAUAAUAAAUUACAAUGAAAAUAAAAAAAGUAAAAAUGUGGAAUGUAAAGUAGAAUUUUUAGUAUACUGUGAAAAUUUUAAUAAAAAAGAAAAUUCAUAUCAAACUUUUAUAGAACCUGUAGGAGUAGAAAUAAUAGCUGUAAAAAAGGAUUUUACUUCACCAAUACAUUUAUAUUACUACUUUUCAUGGAUAAAUAUUAACUUCAAUUUUAACUUUCUUGAUAAUAUUCUGUCUCUCUGCUGCAGCAUCAUUUUUUCCAUAAUUACACAAAGAACACGUUUACUAUUAGGAAGACAUAUAAACGAAUUAGACAAAAAACAAAAUCAAAGAAAAGUUCUUCAAUCAGGAAAAAACGAAAAAAAUGAGGAUCUUUCAUCUAAAAAUGUGCAUAUAAAUCAUUUAAUAUAUCAAACGGAAUGUGAUGAAAACAACACGGAAAAGAAAUAUGUAAGCGAAAUGGAUGACACACACACAUCUAUGUAUUUUCCUAAUUUUUAUGGAACCAUGAAUGAUGAAAAAUACAAAGAUGUAGCUAUUUUGACAAAUGAUAACAUCCUUUUUAGAUAUAACAAAUUUAAUGUUUUAAACAGUGUUAACAGAUCCCUAGAUACAUACAUAUUUGGAGAAUUCAUUUUGGAAAAAUUACUUCGAAAUUACCAGUAUUCUUGCCAAUAUCCAGGUGAUUAUUUAGCAAAAUAUGAAAAUGAAUUUAACGUGGAUAGAUCUGAUGCCCCUUCGGAGCAACUACUUCACAUUAAAUUAUUUAACUAUAUUAAGAGGAAAAAAAGACUUGAAAUGAAUAACAUUUGCAAAAUUAAUAAUUUGCUUGGUCAACCAAUUGCUAUAUGCACCAUACGUAAGAAAGGGGAUCAGCACAAUGAUGAUAGGGAUAAAAAUUAUAUGCAUCCAAAUAACAGCAGCAUGAUUGGAGAGAAACGAUAUUUUGAUGCUAAGAACAAUGUCUUAUUAGGCACUAUCGAUAAGAUAUCAAAGAGGAAUUUCAUGAGAAAACGUCUUGAUCAGAAAAACAAUUUUACAAAUUCCAGUAUGAGAAGUAGCGAUAAAGGAUAUUACACAUCGGUACCCCAACAUGCAUCCUAUGAUAAGAAGAAAAAGAGUUGUAACUAUAGCCAUGUUGGAGAAGAAGAAAAAGAAAAGGAAGUCGAAAAGGAACAGGAACUUGAAGUAGAGAAGGAUGCAGAGAAUGAAGCAGAGAAUGAAGCAGAGAAUUCUUCCAAUCACAAUGAUAUGAAAGCAGAAUACACAGACACAUCUACAACGAAUAGUAGAAAUUCCCUCAAGUAUCAAUGGAAAAUAAUAGCCAAUAAUGAAUCGCUAGAUUUGCCAACGUACGAUAAUGGAAAAGUAAUGUUCUUCCUAAUUCGAUUUAGAUUACUUAACUAUAUUUAUGAUAUUCCAUCCAGUAUACUUAACACAGAAAAUGAAAAUGAAGAUGUCAUCAGGUUAGUUAUUCCAGAAAGAAGAUUGCCACCAAAUAUAAAUGAACAAGUAGAACAGGAACUAUAUAACGAACAGUUAUUAGAAAUGGAAAAUACUUCCAUUGAUAGUAAUUAUCACACGAUAUAUCCAAACAAUUACAUCUCACAAAAUUAUAAUAAUACAAAUAAAGAAGAAAAUUGGAAGUCUACGAAUAUACCUCAACCUAGGAACCAUUUAUUUAUAUUUUUUCGCACAAGUAGUAGAGUUAGUCAUGAAGAAAAACAAGAGUAUGAUUUUUUUAUAUCAUCCAUAAUAGCUGUUAAGAAUAAUACUGAUUUUCCACUCUACAUAUUCAAAUCUGUACCUGGAAAUGCUCAUAGAAAUGGUAUUUUUAAAGAAUAUUUUCAUAAAUACAACAUGAUACCUUCCCCUCCACCUACGUAUACCUUAAAAAUUGAUAAGAAAAUUGAAAAAUUUAUUGAACAUACUAUAACAGCUAAUAACGUAUUCAAUGAUGAAAAGAAGAAAAAGAAAUCUAUUAACAAUUAUGAGACACAAAAUAACUUAGUACACAAAGUGAAAAACAUACACAAUAGCUCCUAUCUUCAUAGUGGAAAUGAAAAAGAAAAAACAAUUAACUAUAUUCAAAAAAAAUCCUAUUUAUAUGGAAGAAAAUAUAUUAAAAAUAUAUUUCCACUGAUGAAAUUAUCUUCCGUAGAACAUUACAUUUCCGGGGAUAUCAAAUUUAGUUCUUUAGCACCUUUGAAAUAUAAAAAAAAAAAAAAAAAAAGAGGAAAAAAAAGCAAGUUAAAGUAUGAAUUACAAAAAAAAUUUAUCAAAAAAAAAAUUAAAGAAAUAUAUCUAAAAAGGGUUUAUAAAAAAACGAGACAUAAAAAAAUAAAUAAAUACGAAAAUGGACAAUUUCCUAGUGAAAAAUUUUUGCACAACCAUGGACGUGGAAAUCCAUACAGAAAUAUAAUGUCCAUAAAUGAUUCCUUUUUCAGUUUUGCGAAAAAAUCUUCUACAUUAUCUGUCUCUUCUUCUACAAGAUCUGUUUUAUCACCCAUUGGUAAGAAACUUACAAAUGCAUCGAUAACAAUUACUGAUUUUUCGAACAUUACUGUGUCAUCAUUGUCCAGUUCUAUCUUUUCCAUAGAUAGCACACAAAGUAACAGUUCUGUAUAUGGAAAUUCUUUAUACGAUUAUGAUAAGGACAAUUCUGAGGAGCAAGGUUUACUAAACGAGUAUUUUAAAAGUCAACAACUGAAUCCACAAAAUAGUUUGGAUCUGAUAAAAAUACCAAAUAAUAGCAAUAAAUUAAUUCCUAUACCUUUAUAUUGGCUGGUAGCAGAAAAUUCAUUCAUUUGGAUAUCAAUACAGAAUGAAAGAAUUUAUAAAAAUGAUUUAUACGAAUUUUUGAAUGACAAUAAGAAUGCAGAUCUUAUAUGUGCAAAAGGUACCUUAGAUAAUAUGCUAAAUUAUCAAUCUCCUUUUUUUGCUGAUAAGUCGAAAGUAUUCAAACCUUAUUUAAUUAAACUAAAAAAUCAUUUACAAAAUGAAAAUAAAAUAUUAACAAAAGGAGAAAAUAAAAAUAAUGAAAAUUUAAUGAAUAAUUAUAAUUUAAAUUAUAUUAAUUUGAAAGAACUCUAUUUCACUUCUACCAUUAUUAGUGUCUAUAAUCCCAAUUAUGUAUUGCAUAAAAAAGAUGCUCAUAAUUUUUUCCAGAUAAAUAUCGAUCACGCAUUAAUGAUUAAUAAUGGCUUACCAAGAACAAUGUAUUUAAAUUAUGAAAUUAUAGAAACCGAGUCUACAAAGAUUCUAAAAAAGAGUUCAAGCAUAUAUACAGAUAAUCCAUCACAAGAAAUAUGUAACAUUCAGAAGGUAGCACAAUCAUGUAAUCAAUCUUUAUCAGUAGAUGAUUCCUGUCUUAUAAAAUCUGAAGACAAUAUAUUUGAUCAAUGCUCUUGCAUUCAGGAAUUUACUUCUGGUGAAAAUUUUAUGUCUUGUGAACGACCCAACCCAAGUCAAGAGUGCACAAUGGAACAAACAUUUUCUUGCAAUGAAGAUGAUACACAGGAAGGAAGGGAAAUAAACUCAACACAUGAUAACCAUGAAGGUGGAGAUAAUACUCAAGAAGAGGGGAUGAGGGGAAAAGGUGAAUUUUUUACACAGGGAGGCAUGAAAUAUGAACAGAAAUAUGGACAGAAAAAUGCGCAGAAAUAUGCGCAGAAAAAUGAUGGACAAAAAAGUAAUGAACAAAGAAAAAGCAUCAUCUUUACAGAGGAGCCGAAUAAGCAAAAUGAUAACAAAAUAAAAAACACACUUGAUGGAGAACUAAAUUCAAUGAAUGAUAAAGAAAUAUUACUCAAAGAUCUAAAUAAUGACAAAAACGUGUUUAUAUAUAAAAAUAAAAAAAAAGAAAAUAAUAAAGAUGAAGAAAAUAUCCAGGACAUGUCUUACAUAGAAAGAAACAAUUUUAUAGUUCAAAUAAAAAAAAAUGGGAAUAAGAUUAUAUACGAAAUAAAGAUUAAUCCAGGACAAAGCAUCAAACUUCCAUUCACUCCCCAUAAUGUAAAUAUAUCAUUUGAUGGCUAUAAUUCAAGAAAUAUAUCAAUUAAUUAUCCUCAUAAAAAAGGAAGAGAAAAAAUCAUACUUGAAAAGCAGAUAAGUAAAGAUAUGGCUUCUUUCUUCUCUCUUGACUAUGAGACGGAAGUACAUCAUAAAAUGGAAGAUGAGGUAGAAAUAUCAAGACAUGGGGUGUAUUCUAAAAGUCCCCAAAACUACAAUAGUGGAAGUAAUAGUGAUGGACACAAUUUCGAUACUCAGAGGACCAAUAAUUUAGGAGGAACACUAGGCGAUGAAAACAAGAAGGAAAAAAUACAUAUAGGGAAGGAAAAUAUAAAUUCUUUAACUGUAUCAAAAGAAGAAAUAAAAGAUAUCACAAAUGAUUAUGCCGUUGUAGACAUGGUGGAUUGGACAAAUGAUAAAAUAUUACAAAAACGUGAAAAUUAUAAAACAUCAAAAUUUGAAGAACAACAAAAACAAUUAACCAUAUGGGCCAUAUUUAAUGAAUACUAUGAAACAGGAAGAAAUAGAUAUCAAGAUAUCUCAUUAGAGAAAAUUCACCAUGGAACGUAUGCAGUAUCAUGUACCUUCUUCGUUUCUGCUUGUGUAAUUAAUAGAUUAAACUAUCCUAUUAGUUUAAAAGUAAUAAACAAUGAUAAUACAAUACAUAUCGAGCCAUAUGUUCGGAAAUUAUUGCCUUGUGAAUUUUCCUUAAGAAGAAAUAAAGUCAUAAUAUCAUAUGAAACAUUGAAAAAAGUAAAAAAUUGGGUUAAUUAUCCUUCAAAGAAAUUUAUGAUUAGAAAAAAUAAAUUAAAUAAAUCCAGAAAUAUUAUGAAGAAAAAUAGUGAAAAAAUAGGAACUAAUAAUCAAAUAAUGGAGUAUAAGAAAAUAAAUUCUAAAGUCGUAGAGAUUUCCAAGUCGGAAGAAAUAAAAAGUAACACAAGAAUGGUGAAUACGAACAAAACAAAUAAUUAUUAUCCAAGGAAAAAAAGAAAAAAUAUUUGUCUUUUUUAUCGAACUAAUGUAAAUAAACCUCUCGAAUCAGAAGAUUUUAGAAUAACAGAUUUGUCUGUUACCAGAUUGACUUGUUCAAGCAAAAAUAAAAAUAAUCCACAAUUAAAAUAUAGCAUAUAUAUGUCUAUUGCACCUAUGCCAUUUUUUAGAACCACCGUUAUGGAAAUUUUACCUUACAUCGUCAUAAUAAAUAACACAAAAAUGAAUAUCGUUUUUCAGGAAUUUAUUAAAAAUUAUACAUACUUUAAAUAUAACACUUUAAAGCCAGGGGCAUACGUCGAAUUUCAUCCACAAUCCAAAAAAAAAGCUAUGCUAAAAAUAUGUGGAAUUUUUCAUAAUAAAUUCAGCUAUAUGAUUGAUGAUUAUUUACAAAAAGAGUUAUACUUGGAAAAUUUGGAAAAGGAAAAUGUUCAUGUGGUUAAUGAAGACAGGAAAAGUAAAUGCCUUUUCACUAGUCGUGGUACAGGAUCGAGCUAUAAUGUUCCCAUAAGUCACAAAACAGCAGAUAUCCACUCUUUUACUUUAAAGAAUAACAUAUCAAACAUAUCAAAAAAACUGAGUGUUCUUAUGGAUAAAGAGAAAGCAAAAAAUCAUAUGAUCAAGCAAGAGUUUUCUUCGAAUAGCUUGUGCAGAACAGAUGUUCAAAAUUCAAUUGAUAAGGAUCAAGCGGGAGAAGCACAAGUUGGAGAAGCAGAAGUAGGAGAAGUGGAAUCAGGAGAAGCAGAAUCAGGAGAAGUGGAAUCAGGAGAAGCAGAAUCAGGAGAAGCAGAAGUAGAAGAAGCAGAAGUAGAAGAAAUAUUAACGAAUCUAAACUCCAUUAAGAAAAAUAAUGUUUUGAAAAAAUAUAAAAAAUUGGAUGAUUUUAAAUUUUUAUAUUGGUCUGAAGUGCUCGACUUAACUAGGGUUAGUAUGAUCUAUUUUCGUCAUCCGGUUGUAUCAGAUGAUAAUUUCAUAAAGGAAGAAAAGAAACUUAAAAAACUUAAUCAACUUUUGAAAAUAUAUGGUAAAAAUGAUAUUACCUAUUUAAAUAUGUCGAAUGAAAUAUUUAAGGAGAAUAUUACACCAUAUGAAUACACAUGUUGCUCAAUGGAAAUAUCAACCUAUAAGGGAUGCAAAUUUGUGCGAUUUCAAGAUAUAGAUGUUGUUCCAUAUUAUUUAUUAAAUUUAACCAAGUACAAUAUCAAAUUGAGACAGUUGGGUAUAUAUGAACAUUCUGAAGUCUUACAAAGAAUUCAAAAAAAAAAAAAAAAGUCUUUUGAUGAGAUAUUUAAAAAUUAUGCAUUCAACUUUUCAUUCUAUAACCCCUACAAGGACCCCAAAUUAAAGAUCAGCAUAUAUGUGUCAAAUAAAAAAAAGGAAAAAAAUAAAAAAAAAAAGAAAAGCACAAAAAAGAAUAAUAAAAAUAAUAAUUUGAAAUAUACAAAAACGCUAAAGAUAAAUUUAAAGAAUGAAUUAAAUUAUCUAAGUUUAUUGGCUACCAAUUACCUGAAGGACAAUGAAUAUACAAAAAUAAUAAAGGAGAAAAUCUUCCAUUUAAAAAGAUUUUCAGAACAUGUAGAAAACUUAAAUGAUAGAAAUGUUAAUAUAAUAGAUUUAGCCAACUCAAGUAAUGUAACUCUGUUAAAAUUGAAGCAUGGAGAUACAUUUGUUUACAUAUUAUGCACAAAGAAAACGUACAAUGGGAAAACUAUUUUUUCGUUCGAAAAUUAUGACGAUUUGAUAAGUAAAGUUUUGAAUUUCAGAAAGGCAUCCUUUAACCAAAAGAAAAAUUACAAUUUUUUAAAGUCAUUCCACAUGCUCAUUCCAAAAAAAAAGAACGCAAAAGUGAGAAGUAGAAAAAGGAAACAGAAAAAGAAAAUGAAAAGCAAAAACGAGAAAAAUACAGAAAAGGAACAUCAUUUUUUCAGUCUGUCGAACCGCGAAGAAAUGAAGAAGAGAAGAUUAAUUCCAAAUGGUUGGCAACUACUUAACCUAUUUAGAAAAAAAAGUACAACACGUUCGAUCGAAAAUGGACCAAGAGUAACCCAAAUUAUUAGAGAAUUAUAUGAGAAAAGAAUGAUGAAUAGACAGGAAAAAAAAAAAAGUUCACUGAAUUUAAACAUAUUUGCACAUUUUAUAUUCAAAGGAUUAGGAUUGAGUAUUAACAAGCACAAUUUAGAAGAAAUUUUAUAUUUUUCCAUGGAAUAUAUAUUAAUAGUUUAUAAACAAAUAACUGACAAGGAUUUAUUUCAUAUAAAUAUUGGAUGGCUGCAAAUAGACAAUCAUACCAAGAACACAGAUUAUAAAAAUGUUUUAUUACCAAUUGUAGAUAUGAAGAAAAGUAAUCAAGAACAAAAUUCUACUUAUAAUGAGGAAAAUAAUUUCUCAUAUAACAAACAUGGCACAUUUGAGAAAAAAAUAUCUAAAGAAGAUAUCACUACUGUUUACAGCGCGAAUAUGAGUAAUUCAAAUGAUAUUUUUUCUCAAGAUAUUAGAAAUGAAAAUAAAUUGUCAAAAAUUAAUUCAAGAUAUACAUUAACCCCAUUAGAACAUAAUAAAAGUAAAUCAUAUGAUGAUUACUCCUAUUUCGAAAAAGAGAAUCUGUUAAUCAAUCCAAAUAUGAAUAACCCUUUAUCUAAUUCUUAUAAAUUCUUUGUUCCAUCCUUUUUCUAUUCACAACAUAAUUCUGUGUUGAAUAUAACUAUAAUUAAACAGAAAAGAGGGAAUAUGAAAAAUUUUUUGGAAUUAUCGGAAGUCAACAUAAAAUUUUCUCCUAUGAGUAUAAAUGUUGAUUCUUAUUUUAUUAUUGAAAUUUUGAAAAUAUUUGAUGAAUUAUUAAAAAUUCUAGAAUUUGAUCUAAGUAAUUAUAAUUCUCUCAAUUUGGAAAAAAACAUAGAACUACGUGAUACAGAUUAUGAUAGUUUGGAGUACAAGCAAAACAUAGGUCCAAUAGAAGAGUUAAUAAAGCAUUAUAUUUUAAAAGAUUAUUAUUUAUAUGAACAAAUAGCCAACUUCAAAUUUAAUAUUAUGAAGAAUGAUGAAGAGAAAUCAAAAGGUAUUCCUACUGAUGGUAGCAAUGGAAAUACCAUAUUUACUCCAAAAGAAUGCUGCAACAAAUCGGACUUGGAUAUGCCAGAUGUGAAAACUUACCUCACGAUGAUAAAUGAAUACAAAAAUUGGAAACACCAAGGAGAUAAUUAUGCCCUUGUGAACAAUAAAGAAAGGGCUAAUUUAGAUCUUCUUUUUGGACAAUUAUAUGAAAAGAACGUGGAAAUUUUGGGAAUCCCUGAAAAUGAGGAAAAUGUAGAAAAUGAGGAAAACGAUCGAAUUAAGCAUAUCGAAAAAAAUGUUGUAUUCAGUUCGAAUCACCACGACUCGUUGCGCAAGAUUGAGCCAGAAAAAUCCAUAUCAGGAGAAGAAAAAUUGAAUUUCCAAAUCACCAAUGUUUCUAAACCACAAUUUGCAGAUAGACACAGUGAGGAAAAAAUAGUAUCGAAGAAACAUAUAUUAGCUAAUAGUAAAAAAAAAAAUAUCGUAAAAAAAAAUUACAAUAUUUAUUUUUUUAACGAAGAAAAGCUGAAGUAUCUACAGAGCUGUGAAAAGUAUUACAAGAAGAUAUUAAAUAAUAGAAAACGAGUUUUAAAAAAAAUUCAGAAUAUUAAUUUAAAAAAUAAUUUAAUAAGUUUUGAUAAAAUGUUUAUAUCCAAAUUAGAAAUUGAUGAAAUUAAAUUAAUUAUUAAUAUAAAAAAUAGAAGUUUAAGUUAUGACAAAAAAAGUGAAAUAAUAGAAUCAAAUGUAAUGAACGCCUUGAUUGUUCUUAUCAUGAAUAUACCCAACAUUAGCGAUGCACAUUUACAUUUUGAAAAAGAGAUUAAAAAAAAUAUGUGUGGUUCUUUGCAUGGCUUAAUAUUUAAUGAAAUUAUGAAUGAUUACAUAAAUCCAGGAAUGAAUCAAAUGUUUAACGUUUUAGGUGCUGUGGAUUUUAUUGGAAACCCAUUAAUAAUUUAUAAACAUUGGAAAAAAGGAUACAACACUUUUAUUAAAGAUUUAAAGAAAAGUUUUGAUUCAUGUUCUUUUCCUUUUCUAUUUUGUAUAUUAUUACUAAACAUACUUGGUCGGUUUGGAAAAAGUUUAUUAUCAGGAAUACUCGAAGGUGUAAGCAGAUUAUGUGGUAGUUGGAGUACCUGCUUAGAAAGAUUUUCAAGAAAUGCAGAUAAUUUUAGUAUCGUUACAAAUAGUAACAUUUUACAAAAUGAAAUUCUAGACCAACCAUCCAACUGUGCUGAAGGAAUAGGCUAUGGCUGUCAAUCAUUUGUAAAUAUUUUAACUAUCAGCUGUGUCAAUACAAUUUAUAAACCCUUGAUUGCUAUAAAAAAAAGUAGAGAUUUUCGAAAAAAUGAAAAAGACAAGUUUAAGAUAUUCCUGUUAUCCAUGAAACUUAUAUUAUACGGACUUUUCAGCGGAUUUAGUAGCUUAUUUUUCGGAUUUUUCAAUAGUAUUCUUUCCUUUUUUACUUUUUUGUUUAUGGGCACAUUAAAUCAAAUACAAACAUUAGCUAUGAAAUCUGUUGUAAGACCAAAAAAAAUGAGCAUAGUUAAGGAAUAUGCAAAAUUUGUUAACUAUGAAUAUCCACUAUCAUUUUCUUAUCACAUCAUAAAUGAAAAAAAAAAAAAAAAAGAAUUUUUAAAAAAAAAUAUUAUAGCUAUUAUCCCUUUAUAUUCUAUCAAAGACAAUAAUCCUUGUAAUGUAAAAAGCUUUCUUUGGGUUAAUAAUAAAGAAGUGGGAUAUUCUCAGAAGGAUAAAUUAUUAUGGUCUCUAUACAUUAAUUACAUCAUUAAAAUUGACAUUCUGCUAAUUCAGAUGGAUAAUGGACAGGGCAAAAAAAAAAAAUCCAUAUUAAAUCGAAAUAAAAACAAAAUAAAAAGUAAACAUUCAAAUUUCAGCACUAAUUCAAAUGCAAAGGAAGAAGAUCAUCAAAUUAAGAGCAGAUGGAAUUUUCAAAGUAUUUUCAACGCGCAAAAAUAUAGGCAAUUAGGUGAAUUAAAACCUUCAUAUUACAUAAGGAUACUUUACAGAUCCGUGUAUAAGGUAAAAAGAACACAUCGAAAAUCAAAAUUGAAGCACUUCUCCUUAAGGAAAAAGGACGAUUCGAACCACAGAAUGAAGAAAAUAUUGAGAAAAAAUACUUAUGAAAAAUAUUUCGAAAAGGAAUUCAAGAAUGAGCAACUAAUCAACCACGAUGCUGAUCAGAGCGAUGAUUACUGCAGUGACGAUAAUCCUAAAGCUGGUCAUAAGGAUUGUCAUAAAUAUAGUCAUAAAAAUGAUAACAUUUGCACGGAUAAGCAAUGUGAUCAUGGGAGACCUUCGAAAUUGAAGGAGAAAGACAAGAUGUACCACAAAAACAAUGCCUAUGACAUGAAAAAAGAUGAGAAAAGGUCCAAAAGAACAAAUACCAAUAAAGGAAAUCGUGAAGGAGGGAAUACACAAUGUGAUAGAUAUAAUGACCAUGAGAUAGAAAAAAAUUACCCAAAAGGAUGUCGAAGUGAACGUAGGGGAAAAUUGCAAAAUAUUGGUGAUUAUACAUUAUCAAAUGAUGAAAUAAGAAAAAAAAGGGAUUUAAAAAGAAAAGGAAUUUAUCCAUAUCAACAAGAUGCUGUGAACAUUAAUGAUGAUUCUAGAAAUAUAAAUAAAUUAAAACAUAAGAAAAUGCACGCAAAAAAGCAUCAUGUACAUAAAAAGAAAAAAUAUUUAUAUAUUUCAAAAUUGGUUAAAUGCGAAUCGAAGGAAAUUGCUCUUCAUGCUUUUUCUCUUCUUCUAUCAUUUUUAAUACAUAAAUCUCCAUAUUAUUUAAAAACUGCAAAUUAG